AUGUCGUCAAACAACAGAAACUAUGAUUUCUUGAUUAAGCUGCUGCUUAUCGGAGACUCGGGUGUGGGCAAGUCAUGCUGUCUGCUACGCUUUAGCGAGGACUCCUUCACUCCCUCUUUCAUCACGACCAUCGGUAUCGACUUCAAGAUCCGGACGAUCGAGCUCGAUGGCAAGCGGGUAAAGCUCCAGAUUUGGGACACGGCCGGGCAAGAGCGGUUCCGGACCAUCACGACGGCGUAUUACCGGGGCGCGAUGGGGAUCCUGCUGGUCUACGACGUCACCGACGAGAGGUCAUUCAACAACAUCCGCACGUGGUUCGCCAACGUGGAGCAGCACGCGACAGAGGGCGUCAACAAGAUCCUGAUCGGCAACAAGUGCGACUGGGAGGAGAAGCGGGUGGUGUCGACGGAGCGCGGCCAGCAACUGGCCGACGAGCUGGGCAUCCCCUUCCUCGAGGUUUCCGCCAAGACCAACAACAACAUCGACAAGGCCUUCUACAGCCUGGCCGCCGACAUCAAGAAGCGCAUCAUCGACACAUCCAAGCCAGACCAGGCCGGCGCUGGGCCGGCGGUGAAUGUCGAAUGGCGCGCCCAGGCAGAAGCUAUGAAGACUGCCGUUGCAGGGUUGCCAAAUACUCCUAGUCAUGAAAACACAGAUGAGCUAGACUGGGACGACGACGAGAUCGACAAUGCAUAUGAGCCCCGGGAUGGGCCUCGGGAUGUCUGGGACUUCAUCUCGGAUGAUGAGCUGGACGAAAUCGAUUUUGACAGCGGCGAUCUGUUCGAUGGUGUCGAAGGGGAGACCUCUAGCGCCUUUGAUGCUCACUGGUUGGUGGCCAGAUGCGCCGACAUCUCCUCCCGGAAAUCGGGCCUCACAUCCAGUGCCUUGCAGGACCAGAUCAUGGACAUCCUGGGCACCAGCAGGCCUGAGGGUGAACUCCAGUCAUCAUUAACAGACCUGGUGGGCUUCGACGAUCUGGACUUCAUCAUCGACUUGGUCACCCACAGGUCCGAGAUUGUCGCCUCGGUGGCAUCGGAGAGCCUACGCGAUGAGGAGACUGGCCAGGCUCCAAAGCUGCUGACCAAGGCUCAAAGGCGAGAGGCACUCCGGCGGAAAGACGCCGAACACAAAGCUGCUCCUCUGGCUGCGGUGCGCGAAAAGGAGGAGGAUUACCCCCACGUUUACAAGACAUACAAAGCCGGCAACACCCUAAGUCACACUGGUGCCAAAUACAAACUACCGGUUGGCAGCCAGAGGCUGGAGUUUGAGAAAUACGAGGAGUAUGCGAUACCAGCCGGAAACCCGGGCAAGCUCUGGCCCGGUCAGAAGCUCGUCAACAUCUCGGAGAUGGACGGGUUGUGCAGGAACACGUUCAAGGGAUACAAGACACUCAACCGCAUGCAGAGUUUAGUGUACCCAGUGGCGUACAGGACGAGCGAGAACAUGCUCAUCUGCGCCCCGACAGGUGCCGGAAAGACGGACGCAGCUAUGCUCACGAUUCUACACACCAUUGGCCAGUACCUGACGCCGAGUCCCUUCGAGAACCACUCGACCACCGACUUCGCCGUGCAGGCGGAGGAGUUCAAGAUUGUCUAUGUUGCGCCCAUGAAGGCGCUGGCAGCUGAGAUUACUGGGAAGCUCAGCAAGCGGCUAGCAUGGCUCGGGCUGCGUUGUCGCGAGUACACGGGCGACAUGCACCUGACAAAGUCUGAAAUCGUCCAGACGCAGGUCAUUGUCACAACGCCCGAAAAGUGGGACGUUGUGACGAGGAAGGGGACUGGAGACACGGAACUGGUGCAAAAAGUGCGGCUGCUCAUCAUCGACGAGGUGCACAUGCUCCACGAUGAGAGAGGUGCCGUGCUCGAGUCCCUGGUCGCUCGAACGCAGCGGCAGGUCGAGAGCACUCAGUCGCUGAUCCGGAUCGUUGGCCUGAGUGCCACGCUACCCAACUACAUUGAUGUAGCCGAGUUCUUGGGCGUCAACAAGAGGGCUGGACUGUUCUACUUUGAUGCCUCCUUCAGGCCGGUCCCGCUCGAGCAACACUUCAUCGGCGUCAAGGGCAAACCGAACAGCAAACAAUCCCGGGACAACAUCGACCAAGUGGCUUUCGAGAAGGUCCGCGAGAUGUUGGGGCGGGACCACCAGGUCAUGGUCUUCGUUCACUCGCGACGAGAUACCCAGGCAACUGCCAAGAUGCUCCACGAGAAGGCCGUCGACGAUGCUUGCGUUGGCUUGUUUGACCCCAGUAAUCACGAAAGGUUCGAGAUGGCUAUGAAGGACGUCAGGUCAACCAAGGCCCGCGAGCUCCGGGAUCUUAUACCCAAGGGUUUGGGCAUUCAUCACGCCGGCAUGGCUCGGUCCGACAGAAACCUUGUGGAGCGCCUGUUUUCGGAGGGUGUCAUCAAGGUUCUCUGCUGUACGGCCACGCUUGCCUGGGGUGUCAACUUGCCCGCCGCGGCAGUCGUCAUCAAGGGAACCCAGGUGUACAGCGCCCAGGACGGCAAGUUUGUUGAUCUUGGGAUCCUUGACGUCCUGCAAAUCUUUGGUCGUGCUGGUCGUCCACAGUUCGAGGACGUCGGCAUCGGCAUGAUUUGCACUACCCAUGACAAGCUCCCCCACUACCUCACGGCUGUAACGGAUCAGCUGCCUAUCGAGUCUAGGUUCUCAGCCAAGCUUGUCGACAACCUGAACGCCGAGAUUGCCUUGGGCACCGUCAACUCAGUAAACGACGCCGUGAAGUGGAUUGGAUACUCGUAUCUGUUUGUCCGCAUGAAGCGGAACCCGAUGGCUUACGGUAUCGAGUGGGACGAGUUUCAAGACGACCGCUCUCUGAUUCUGAGACGACGCAAGCUAGUCAUUGAGGCGGCCAGGACGCUCCAGAAAAACCAGAUGGUCAUCUUCAACGAACGCACCGAGGAACUGCGCAGCAAAGAUAUUGGUCGGAUUGCCAGCCAGUUUUACAUCCAACACACCAGCAUACAAAUUUUCAACUCGCUCAUGAAACCCAGCUCCGAGGAAAGGGAUAUCCUGAUGAUGAUCGCGAUGAGUGGCGAGUUCGACAACAUCCAGUCGAGGAAUAACGAGGCUGACGAGCUGACCAAUAUGAGGAAGAACUCUCACUUUGUCCCCUACGACAUCAAGGGUGGGAUUGACCAAGCGCAGACGAAAACCAACAUCUUGCUGCAAUCCUACAUCUCAAGAGGCCAACCGGAAGACUUUGCACUCACGAAUGAUUUGAAUUACGUCGCCCAGCAAGCCGGGCGUAUCUGCAGGGCUCUGUUCAUGAUCGCACUUAACCGACGAUGGGGCUACCAGUGCUUGGUGCUGCUGACCAUGGCCAAGUCCAUCGAAAAGCGUCUAUGGGCCUUCCAGCACCCUUUCCAUCAGUUCGACCUCCCGAGACCCGUUCUGAGCAACCUCGAUAUGAAAGACUCCCUGUCUAUCGAGUCCAUGAGGGAGAUGGAACCAGCGGAAAUCGGGAACCUGGUCAACAACUACAAGAUGGGCACCAAGAUCUCGAAGCUCCUCGACAAUUUCCCAACGUUGAGCGUUGAGGCUGAGAUCGCGCCUCUGAACCGCGACGUCUUGAGGAUCAAACUCUAUCUUACGCCUGAGUUCCGCUGGAAUGACCACCUUCACGGGACGUCUGAGUCGUACUACAUCUGGGUUGAGAAUUCGGACACGUCUGAGAUUUACCACCACGAGUUCUUUCUUCUUAACCGGAGGAAACUCUACGAUGACCACGAACUCAAUUUCACCAUCCCGCUUGCCGACCCACUCCCGGAUCAAAUCUACGUGAGAGCUGUCUCUGACCGUUGGCUCGGCGCCGAAACGGUGACGGCCGUCUCCUUCCAACAUCUUAUCCGGCCCGACACGGAAAGCGUCUACACGGAGCUCUUGAACCUCCAACCAUUGCCAAUCUCGGCGCUCAAGAACCAGGCGCUGGAAGAUAUCUAUGCCCAACGCUUCCAGUUCUUCAACCCCAUGCAAACCCAGCUGUUCCACACGCUAUACCAUCGCCCAGCCAACGUUCUCCUCGGUUCACCGACAGGCAGCGGCAAGACUGUCGCCGCCGAGCUGGCCAUGUGGUGGGCGUUCCGCGAGCGGCCCGGUUCCAAGGUUGUGUACAUCGCGCCCAUGAAGGCGCUGGUGCGCGAGCGUGUCAAAGAUUGGGGGGCUCGCCUUGCUAAGCCGCUGGGCUUGAAGCUCGUCGAGCUAACGGGUGACAACACUCCGGAUACACGGACAAUUCAGGAUGCCGACAUCAUCAUCACUACGCCCGAGAAGUGGGACGGUAUCUCGCGUAGCUGGCAAACCAGAGGUUACGUCCGCAAGGUCAGUCUUGUCAUUAUUGACGAGAUUCACUUGCUGGCGGGAGACCGUGGUCCGAUUUUGGAGAUUAUUGUGUCCCGCAUGAACUACAUUGCGUCGUCCACCAAGAACGCCGUCCGGCUUUUGGGUAUGUCGACGGCGUGCGCCAACGCUACUGAUCUGGGCAACUGGCUGGGUGUCAAGGAUGAGGGUUUGUUCAACUUUCGACAUUCGGUCCGCCCCGUACCGUUGGAACUCUACAUCGACGGCUUUCCCGAAGUGAGGGGUUUCUGUCCGUUGAUGCAGUCCAUGAACCGACCGACUUUCCUGGCGGUUUUAAACCACAGCCCUGAAAAGCCCGUCAUUGUGUUCGUCCCGUCUCGUCGGCAAACUCGCCUUACCGCCAAGGACCUUAUCAACCUUUGCGGCAUGGAAGACAAUCCGAGGCGUUUCCUUAGCAUGGAUGAGGAUGAUCUCCAGCUGAACCUCUCGCGUGUCAAGGACGAGGCGCUCAAAGAGGCGAUCAGCUUCGGUAUCGGUCUGCAUCACGCUGGUCUUGUCGAGUCGGACCGUCAGUUGGCGGAGGAGCUCUUUUUGAACAACAAGAUUCAGAUCCUCAUCGCUACCAGCACGCUUGCUUGGGGUGUCAACUUGCCCGCUCAUCUCGUCGUCGUCAAGGGCACGCAGUACUACGAUGCCAAAAUUGAGGCCUACAAGGACAUGGACUUGACCGAUGUGCUGCAGAUGUUGGGCCGUGCCGGUCGCCCACAAUUCGACGACUCAGGUGUUGCCCGCAUUUUCACGCAAGACUCGAAGAAGGACUUCUACAAGCACUUCCUGCAUACGGGUUUCCCAGUCGAGUCUUCGCUCCACACGGUGCUCGACAACCAUUUGUGUGCCGAAAUCUGUGCCGAGACCAUCAUCACGAAGCAGGACGCUCUCGACUACCUGACCUGGACCUUUUUCUUCCGCCGUCUCCACAAGAACCCGUCCUACUACGGCCUCGAGAUCUCUGCCGAAGAACACAACUCAACCACCGCGCAACAGAUGGCCAACGAGUUCAUGAUAUCUAUGGUCGAUUCCUCGCUGACGGAGCUGACUGAUUCCAAGUGCGUUGAGGUUUAUCCCAACGGCGACGUCGACCCAACGCCCCUCGGCAAGAUCAUGAGUUACUACUAUCUCUCUCACAAAACCAUCCGCCAGCUCGUCCAAAAGGCCAAGCCCCAAGCCUCGUUCCUGGAUGCCCUCUCAUGGAUGUGCAUUGCGACAGAAUACGACGAGCUCCCGGUUCGGCACAACGAGGACCUCAUCAACGCCGAACUGUCCCGCAACCUCACCUUCCCGGGUACCGCCUUCGACCUGCCCAUGUGGGACCCCCAUGUCAAGGCCUUCUUGCUCCUACAGGCACACAUGUCGCGCAUCACUCUGCCCAUCACAGAUUACGUCGGCGACCAGACCAGCGUGCUCGAUCAAGCGAUCCGCAUCAUCCAGGCCAGCAUCGACGUCAUGGCUGAGCUGGGCUACCUCAGCUCGAUGCUCCAGUUCAUCCGCCUCCUGCAAGGCACCCCAUCCCUCCCCAAGCUCAACAUCUCAGUAGACGACGUCAAAACCGGCUCUGUAACGGUCAACCUGCGCCGCCUCAACCCCGUCACGGAGCGCGAGGCGCGCAUGCAUGCGCCGCGCUUCCCCAAGCCGCAGACCGAGGGCUGGUUUGUCGUCGUCGGCGACUUUGCCCGCGACGAGGUCCUGGCCGUGAAGAGGGUCGGGUGGCGGCCGGGGAAUAAUAAUAAUAAGACUGCUGCGAGGGAUGGGCGGAGGGCGGUCGUGGAGGUGGGCGAACGGCCUGCGGCGAGGGCCGUUGUGAAGGUGCCUGUUGAUGGGGGUGGUGAGGGGGGAGAGGGGAGGGUGGUGGAUGUCAUGGUGCUGAGUGAUGGGUAUGUGGGCAUGGAGUGGACGGUGAAGGGGGUGCGGUUGCCCUCGGCGCCGACGGUGGAUGCGGGUGUGGCGGAGAAGAAGGGUGGUGGCGGCGGCGGCGGUGGUGGUGGUGGUGGGGGGGGGGUGGUCGGGGGAAGGAGGGGCUAUGUUGGUGGGGGCGAGUACGAGACCGUUGCUGACCUGGAGGCGGAUGUGCAGGAGACAUUGGGGGAUGGGACAGACGGGUUUUACAGGGUUGAAGUUGAUAGCGAGAGGGCGGUGAGAGAGCGGAAGGAGGAGUGUAUGGAGUACACGAGGGCGGGUGGCGUGGAUGAGUUUCCUUGA